AUGACCGUAUUGCCGCGAAGAAAUACAGCAAGCAAGCUGAUCACCCGACAAGGACAAGCCUUGGGUGAGGAGACACCGCCACCCCUGAGGGGAUACCCCUCUAAGAGGGAUACCGUUAAACAAUGCGCACUUCAUGGGGAGCACGGUCAUUACACCAACAACUGCAACGCCUGUGAAAGCCAUAUUGAGGAGUUGGUCAGAGAUGGCCAUUGCACAGAGUUCAUCGCAAAGAAGACCAUCCAGCAGAUCGAGUAUCGUGAUACAGCUGCCAAGGAACCUCUCCAAAAGGUCAUACGGAUCAACACCAUUCUAGCCGACUCCCAAGAGUCCGGGCUGACCACCAAGGAGCGCAAGAGAAAGAUCGCACAGACGACUUAUGUCUCCCAAGUCACAACAGGCGUACCAAUCACUGCGGAUACACCCAUCAUCGGUUUUCAGAAGGACUUGAUCGAGCUUGAUCUGCCGCAUAAUGACGCCUUAAUCAUCUCCAUCAAAAUUGAACAAGCUGUGAUCGAGCGAGUUCAUGUGGAUGAGGGCAGUGCAACCAACAUCCUAUAA